AUGCGGCGCUAUGGAAAAUUAUACGCUCUCGUGUUUACAGGUUUGACUUCUACAGCGUUUCGGAUAGACCCACCUCUCCCUUCUGCUGUCGUCACAGACCAGGCCGUUCCAUUCAGUUGGACUCGCGAUCCGACCGAUCCACCUGAAUUUAGUUUUCUGAAAAUUCAACUCGAGGGCCCUGAAGGUCGUAUGUCCGCUCUACUACCGGUGGACAGGGAUCAGGCAAGUCAGGCAAGCGGCUCGUUCACCUUGACAUUCAACGAUUUGUCGCCAUUCCAGGUUGUAGCGGUUGACGAUAGCUUGAAGCCAUUCUUUACAGCUCCCGGAACGAUCGUCGCCGCCGCCGCCGGACAAUUUGGAUCACCCACCAGUACCAACUCCGCCUCCGGUAGUCCAUCUAUUACCGACACGAUCUCAAGCAUCAGUAUUGAAAAUCCGACGCCUGCACCCACACCAGAUGCGAAUGGUCCUCCUACAAGUACCGCGCCUUCCCAAACUGUGGCUGGCAUAUCCGCAUCUUCUAAAAAUACAAAACCCAUAAUCAUCGGCUCUGUCGUCGGUGGUACCGUCUUUAUCCUUCUACUCCUCCUCCUCUUCCUUUUCAUUCGCCGUCGCCGAAACAAACCAUUGGGUACAGGUCCAACCCCGUUUUUGGAUGCGACACCAUCUUCCGGUUCCGACACACCCUACAUGGAUAUCAGGGAACGAAAGAUGCAGAUGCUCGGCCAAAGGGAGCGCCUUGAGCGUGAGUUAGAGGCGUAUGAGCAAGUGGAGUCCCAAGAGUCGAACUCGGGAACUGGGGACAUUCCUGAUGGUAUCGAUGAAUCAAAUCAGGAAGGAGUUGCACAGGUCUCUCGUCGUCAGAUAGAACUGUUAACACAGAGAAUAGCGGCUUUGGAGGCAGCAAUGGCACCUCCCGAUUACAGCUCUGGUAGAAGCUGA